AUGUGCGGUGGGGGUCUCCGGGCUGCCUUGCUGGCGCUGGCCCUCCUGGCCUGCUGCGUGCGAGGGAAGCCGCUGGGGGGUGGAGGGCGGGGGUCUGGGGGCGCCAAGGCCCCCGGCCCGCGUGGGGGCGCCCAGGAGGCAGGGGGCUUGGACAUGAAGAUGCUCCUGGAGAACAUGCGGGCGGAUUUCCUGCACAGCCUCAACCUGAGCGGCGUCCCCGCCCAGGACAAAACCAGAGCGGAGCCGCCGCAGUACAUGAUCGACCUGUACAACAGGUACACGACCGACAGGUCGUCCACGCCGACCUCCAACAUCGUGCGCAGCUUCAGCGUGGAAGAUGCCGUCUCCCUAAUGGCCACAGAAGACUCCCUCUUCGAGAAGCACAUCUUGCUCUUCAACAUCUCCAUCCCCAGACACGAGCAGGUUGCCCGGGCUGAGCUCCGGCUCUAUGUGACCUGUCGAGAACACGUGGCCGCCUCCCACGAGCUGAAAGGGAACAUGGUGAUUUAUGACGUUCUCGACGGGACAGGUGUCAGGGAUGGUUCCGUGGAAACCAAGACCCUCCUGGUCUCCCAGGACAUUCGGGAGGAGGGCUGGGCGACCCUCGAGGUCUCCAGUGCAGUGAAGCGGUGGGUCAGGGCAGACGCCUCAAGAAGCAAAAACAAACUGGAGGUGACAGUGGAGAGCAGCCGGAAGGGCUGCGGCAGGCUGGACCUCAGCUUGCCGCCGGGUUCCAGAAACCCGCCCUUCUUCGUCGUCUUCUCCAACGACCGCAGCAGUGGGUCCAGGGAGAACAGGCUGGAGCUCAGGGAGAUGAUCAGCCAUGAGCAGGAGGAUGUGCUCAAGAGGCUGUCCAAGAGUAGCCUGGCCGAAGAUGAGGAGACGGGAGGCCACGUGGGCGCAUUGCCAUCUUCCGCCAGACGCAAGAGGAGUGCCGGGGCCGGCAACCACUGCCAGAGGACCUCCCUGCGGGUGAACUUCGAGGACAUCGGCUGGGACAGCUGGAUCAUUGCCCCCAAGGAGUAUGAAGCGUACGAGUGCAAAGGGGGCUGCUUCUUCCCACUUGCCGACGACGUGACACCCACGAAGCACGCCAUCGUGCAGAGCCUGGUGCAUCUCAAGUUCCCCAGGAAGGUCGGCAAGGUCUGCUGUGUGCCCACCAAACUGAGCCCCAUCUCCAUCCUCUACAAGGAUGACAUGGGGGUCCCCACCCUGAAGUAUCACUACGAGGGGAUGAGUGUGGCGGAGUGUGGGUGCAGGUAGGGCCCGCCCAGGCCAC